AUGGCUCACUACCAACCUGUCAUUGAUCCAGCCACCACCACCUUUACUAUCAAUCAUUUACCUCCAGAUUGCUUGAUCGAAAUAUUCCAAUAUUUGCCAUUUCUUCCCUCCGUAUUGAAUUUACAAUUAGUCUCUUCGGCAUGGAGAAAUACUGUUCAACACUUUAUUGCUAGAGGAGGAUUUGAUUUGAAUUUAGGAUUUCUUCCGAGCCAUGUAACACUCUCCAAGUUUAUAAUGAUCAUUGGUCGUUUCUAUAAUGCUAAACAAAUUACAUUGUGUAAUUUACAGUUGACUGUUGAUUUGAUGAAGGUGUUGAGCUUUACAGCUAUUGAAACAUUGGUCUUGUGUAAUUGCUCAACAGAGGCUGCCGUUUCAUUCUCUCCAGAUUUGGUUAGUUCAGGAUUCAAGCAAUUCAAAGAUUUUCAGAGAGAAAUGAAUGAGAAAUUGGAAGAUUCUGGAAGAUUGCCUUUUUAUAAUUUGAAAAGAGUGAUUGUAAUUGACUCUUCUACCUGUUUGAAUUUCGUUUGGAAGGAAGAUUUUAUUGAGGAUAAUAGGGAUGAAUCUUGUCAAGCAUCAUUGAAAUCAUUUUACAAUUUGGAAAGUGGAUUUGAUAAUUGUUGGAAUUUCAAAUCAAUUUCUAUGAACUCUAACAAGAGAGUUUCAUUUCUUGCUUUAGAACUUUACAAUGGUGGAGAUGCCAAGAGUAGAGAUUCAAAAAAGUUUGUAACCCUAAAGAGUGGAAAAACCCUUGUCAACAUUCCAAUUCAACCAAUCGAAUAUGUUGAAGAUAAGAAGGCGCUAAUGUUUAAAUAUGGUCUUAAAAGUAAUUACAGAAAAGUCAAAUUUAAUAGCAAAACCCUUCAGCAAGCAAUAGAUAAUUUCCUUAUUGGAAUUUAUUCUUACACAGCUCUGGAAGAUUUCUUGACACUUGUGGUAAAUUCGCCAACACGACCAAUGAAUUUUGUGACUGACAAAGGAUUCUAUUCAGAAUUGAUUUAUUUCCUCCACAAAUAUCAGAUUUUGAGAGAAAAUUCAAACAUUCCACUUAGAAUAGUUCAGCUAGCUGAAACAUUGGAUUACCACUGGGCAAGUUUCUCACAAACUGAACCAGUUUCAACCAAGACAGAAAAUAUCAGUGAGGAAAUUCCAGUUCCAUUCUCUUGGGUGCACCUUUUGAAGAAGGGUCAAUACAUUCACCUUCCACCUGCUCAACCAGAACCAGAGAAGAAGGAAAGUACUGAAACUAAACCAGUUCGUAAAAGUUAUCGUGGCCUAUUGACAAGAGGAUCCUCUUCAAACAAUCAAGAUUGA